UGGAUUUAAAGGUUUUAAAAGAAAUUGAAAUUCUAAGAAAUAUGUACGUAGGCGCGCGUGAUCAGCUUAGCUUCACAGAAACAGAAGCUGCUAAAAGUAUCAGCUGGUGGUAUCGGGUGGUUAUGGCUUUCUCUCUCCCCUCUCCUCCGCUCAAACUUCCGACCUCAUACUCUUCAUCCACGGUCAACAAUCACACUCUCGCCGCCUCCGCCUCCGCAACAAGCAUAAGAAACACUAGGAAAGGACUAUUACUCAGACGAACAUUUGUCGUAAAAGCUUCAGAAAAGGACGAUGAAAACCCGUCGUUUAAUCCUUUUGGUUUCGUCACUGAUAAUCCAUCAAGCCGAAGCGCCAUUCAACUUCCUGAGAAUCCAGCCGAGGCCGGCAACGUCGGUCAGAUGCUCUACAGAAUAGAAGAUAAGGGAAGGGAAUAUGGUUCUUACAUCAAAUCUGGAGGCUUUAGAUGGUUUGUUAGAGAAACAGGAUCAUCUGAUGCCAGGCUUGGUCCACGUGGAACUGUUGUUUUCCUCCAUGGUGCUCCAACACAGUCUUACAGCUAUCGAGUUGUGAUGUCUCAGUUGGCAGAGGCUGGGUUCCACUGUUUCGCGCCUGAUUGGAUAGGAUUUGGUUUCAGUGACAAGCCACAGCCUGGAUAUGGCUUUGACUACACUGAAAAAGAGUACCAUGAACAACUGGAUAAAUUGUUCAAUGUCUUGGAGAUCAAAUCUCCUUUCUCACUAGUGGUUCAGGGAUUUCUUGUAGGUUCUUAUGGAUUAACUUGGGCUUUAAAAAAUCCAAGCAGAAUAUCCAAACUUGUAAUAAUGAAUACUCCUUUGACAGCUUCAUCUCCUGUCCCAGGACUAUUUCAGCAGCUCAGAAUUCCACUGCUUGGUGAAUUCACUUGCCAAAAUGCUAUAAUGGCUGAGCGAUUUAUUGAAGCAGGUAGCGCCUAUGUCCUGAAGGUGGAAAAGGCUGAUGUUUAUCGACUACCAUAUCUGAAAAGCAGUGGACCUGGAUUUGCUUUGCUUGAAGCUACUAAAAGAGCAAACUUUAAAGGGACUUCAGGCCAGAUAGCUGAUGGGUUCGCAUCGGGAAGGUGGGAUACACCAAUAUUAGUUGCAUGGGGGAUAUCGGACAAGUAUCUUCCUCAGUCGAUUGCAGAGGAGUUUCAAAAAGGAAACCCAUCAGCAGUGACUGUGAAGUUAAUAGAAGGGGCUGGUCAUAUGCCUCAAGAAGACUGGCCUGAGAAAGUUAUUGAUGCUCUGAGAUACUUCCUUUGAUUAUGAUACCGUUGUAAGUUUACCAUCAUUCACACCCCAUAGUUACUCAAUAUAUGUAAUUAUAAACCUUCUUUCACUGCCAUGGAAACACUCGUCUGUGUUGUAUAUACAUUUAUCAUAUAAUGUAAUGUCUGAUUGCAAAGCAGACAAGUGUCUCGAAACUUAUAUGACAAUACAACUAGUCAGAAUGCAAUGAAACUAGAAACACCUCGAAUGAUUAAUCAAGUUACUAAUUAA